GUUUCCUUUAUACCAAGAUCACAGACAAGGCUCUCGAUCAUUUCAUUAACUCACUCAGUCUCUUCUCGUUUUGUCUAUCGAUAAGUCGUGUCUUUCUCAAAUAACAUCAGACAUGUGGGUCCGAUCGAUGCUCCUCGCAGCGUUCCUCGUCCUCCUGCUGGAGACCUCAGGUAGCGUAGGUAAUCCCUCUUACAGGCAGUACCGGAUCCUGAACAACUAUUACCCAGACAAUUACCGGACGGUUUACGUGAAUCCCUACGUGGGUCAACCCGUGGGAUGCACGACCUGCCAAUACACAAGCACAAGAUACACGAGCGUCUCUCCGGUUCGGUACACAAAUCCCGUGCAGGAAGAUGAUGAUAACAAAGUUUACAUCACUGACAAAUACGGACGCACCACGGUUUCAAGUGCCUCCCACUAUAGCAAUUAUAUCUCUAGAUACUCAGCCAUGGGUCAAUCCACAGUAUGCACCAGCUCGACCUGCGGACAAAACGCCCAAUGCUCGAUGGUCGGAGGACGUCCCGUCUGCUCUUGCUUCAGAGGUUACAUGGGUGAUCCACUUCACCAUUGCAGAAAAGCCGAAUGCUUAGAUAACUCCGAAUGCAGAGGUCAUCAGACCUGCAAGAACGAGCAUUGCGUGGAUCCUUGCGCCGACGUUUGCGGACCCAACGCCAAAUGCGAAACCAGGAAUCACAUACCAAUUUGCACUUGCCCAGCCGGAUACACCGGAAAUCCUUUGAGCGGUUGCAGGAGGUUCGAUCCAUCUGAACUCUGCCAUCCCAGCCCUUGCGGACCCAACACCAACUGCGAAGUCGUCAACGGUACCCCGACCUGCAAAUGCUUAUCAGGAUACCACGGAUCUCCUCUAGCAGGAUGCAGGCACGAAUGCGAAACCAACUCAGAAUGCGGAUCAAACUUAGCCUGUGUCGACUUCAAAUGCCAAAACCCUUGCCAAACCCAAUGCGGAAUCAACGCCGAAUGUGAAGGUGUCAGGAGCAGCAACGCCGUCUGCAAGUGCCCUAGAGGUUACUAUGGAAAUCCUUACACAUCCUGCCAACCGGAAUGCACGAGCCACAGCGACUGCCCAAGAUCCAAACCGGCUUGCUUCUACAAUUCCUGCAAGAACCCGUGCGACGGAGUCUGCGGCGUUGGAGCUAACUGCGAGUUAAGAGACAUAACUCCAGUAUGUUCAUGCCCGAGAGAUAUGACCGGAGAUCCAUUUGUGCGUUGCAGACCUUUCGAAAAACGCGAUCUUUGCGAACCCAACCCUUGCGGAGAAAACGCCCACUGCGAACCUGGAUACGAUAGGUACAACAAGGAACGUCCCGUCUGCACCUGUCUCUCCGGUUACCAAGGUGAUCCUUUGAGGGGAUGCAUCAGAGGAGAAUGCACCGAAGAUAGCCAUUGCGGAGACCACAGGGCUUGCAUCAACUACAAGUGCGAAAAUCCUUGCGUCGGGCAAUGCGGAGCUAACGCUGAUUGCACUCCUAGGAGGCAUUUGGCAGUAUGCACUUGCGCUCCAGGUUACAACGGAGAUGCUCUGAUCAAUUGUUACAAGGUUAGUGGAGCUGCCGUCACCAGGAGAUAUCGUAGAUUCGUCAUGGACUUCGAGAAGAACGCCACUAAAACUGAUUAGAAAGUUUCGAAAAGACUAAUACUAACUGCGAAUGCAUCCACGGAAGAUCAGAAGAUCUAAGUUCAACUUAAUUCAAGGUAUGUCAAGAUUGACAGCAACGACCUUGAUUAUGUGAAGUGUGGAUAGAGAACUAAAAAAAAACAAAAACAGUUCAUGACAUGAACAACGUGCCUUUAAUAUAUUUGUAAAUAAGUUACUAUUAAUAAAUUAUUAAAAACAAA